AUUAUAUUACUGAAUUAAGUUAAAACUUUAUUCAGUUCCAGUACUACUUGUGAAGAAUGGAAAGAUAGCAGAAGAAUAUGCUAUGAUUGGAAUUGGAUCAUUGGCUGGAUCAUCAAUCUUGCUUCUGACUAUAGUUUGGGGAACAUGUGUUAUCACUGGCAGCAAAGAUUUUGAGCACAGUGAAGGAUCUAACUCAUCAUCAUCAUCAUCACCUAAAACUCUCAAACCUUCAUUCACUAGUCAUGGCAUUACUAUAGAUUUGGAGACAAAACAAGCAGCAAGCAAUAUGUUAGGUUCAACAAUUUUAUUACAAUUAUCUUAUGGGACAACAACUCUGCAAUCCAUAAUUGGUCUCAUCUUUGCUUCCCUUCUUCUCUUCUUUUAUUUUACUAAACAGGUUUUUGAACCUUGGCGACAGAAAAGAAGAUUGGAAUACUUGAAACAUGAUGAUUUAAUGUUAAGAAUACUAAGUUUUGUAGAAAAGAAUACUCUACAAAGGAUACUCACCAAGAAUGGGACUCCAAAUGUGAGUGCCAUUAGAAGGUUGUACAGGGAAAUAGAUGAAGAUAGGAGCAGUGGCAUAUCAGCUUCUGAACUAAGAGACCUAUUGCUACAAAACAAAGUAACAGACACAAGUAUCGACGAGGAGAAAGAAAUAGAAGAGGUAUUGAAAUUUUUUGAUCAUGGUCAUGAUCAAAUGAUAACCAAGGAUGAGUUUGUUGUUGGCUUUGCAAAGUGGCUUGAUCAAACAAAGCAUGAUUUGGAUAAAGAGUAUCUUUCAAGGAAAUCAAUGAAGGACUUAUAUGAGGUUUUUGGGCCAUGGACUGAAAACAAAAGAAAAGAAAGAGAAGGGAAGAAACAAAUCAUAUCUAAAAUAUUAAGGCAUGUUCAGAAUGAUAUGGUUGGAAGCCUUCUCAGAAAUGAUGGAAAACCUGAUGAGAUAGCCAUUAAAAGGUUGUUCGAAAAAAUUGACCGCAAUAAAGACAACUGCGUCUCGCAAUCUGAACUGAAAGAACUAAUGAUGAACAUCGCAUUUGUUAAAGCAUCAAUGGAAGUGGAGAAGGCAGUUGCUUUAGUCAUUGAUGAACUUGACCAUGACAUAGAUCAGAUAAUCAAUGAGGAGGAAUUUGUUGCUGUGUUUGAGAAAUCACUUAACAAAAUUUCAAGUCAUGCUCCUUUUUCUGAUUCUGACUCUGAAGAAGAUAUAUAUCAAGCAUGGGAAGAGGCAGGCAUGGUGGUGGAAAAUAAAGAAAGCAAAGCAAUAGUAGAUAAAUCAAUAUGGGGAAGGUUGAUGGCCACAACAAAUAUGGUGCUAGGAAUUGUUAUUAUAUGCAUUGUGGCACAACCGCUUAUGGAAAGUGUCAGAAAAUUCUCCAACAGUUUAGGAGUUCAUGCUGCCUUUGUCUCAUUUGUUCUAGUCCCCUUGGCCAUAAAUGCAAGAGAAGCAACUACAGCAAUUAAAAAAACAAGCUAUAAGAAUUCUAGGACUAUUUCUCUUGCUAUUUCUGAGAUAUAUGGAGGGGUUCUCAUGAAUAACAUUGUUGGAUUUUUUGCUAUCUCCAUUAUGAUCUAUGUCCGACAAGUUACUCAUGUAUUCCCAUCAGAAUUGAUGGUCGCUACACUUGUUUGUCAGAUUAUAAGCGUUAUUUUAGGUUGUCACUACACUUUCUCUCCAUGGUCAUGUGUAUAUGCUUAUUUUGCAUAUUUUUUCUCCUUGGUUUUGAGUUUUUGUAUUUAGUCCAUGUUUACAAUGAUUAAUUGAGACUUACCACACUUGUUAAGAUUAUUAAUGUAAAAAAAUUAUAUUAAA